CCACCCAUCUUGCAGUUCUUCAACCAUAUCAUCUUGAGGGUUCAUUGCCUUUUCGUUUGAUCUCCUGGCCGUGUCUCCGAGGCUCCUCAUCAAUGUCUUUUUUCUGUCUGUUUCCGCGUUUUAUUGCUUAAAGUUCAAUCCUUUGACGUGAAAGUUGAGGAUUUGAGGAUUUGAGGAUUUGCCCAAAUUUCUUUGACUCUGGUUUCGUUGCUGUGACAGCAGAGGGAAACAAUGGAGUUAUGAUCAUGACUUGAAUAAUUUCUUCGUUGGCAUUUUGAUUGCUAUACAGGCCCAUCAAGCGCAGCAGUCGUAUUUUGCUCGAUUGAGUUGUUUCUCUUUCCCAACAUCUGCAAAGUCAUAAAUUUUACAAAGUGGGAUUCUCUCUCUUGGAUUGGAUUCCAACCAAACGGGGGCUCUGAGAAAAUAUUCUGCUAAUUGAAAUUUCUUUGCUUGGAUAUGUAAAAGUUUCUUGUCCUUUUCACGGUUACAUGGAGAUGUUUGUUGUGAGUUUUUCCGUUUAGAUGCUCUGUUUGAUCUUCGGGCAAAGGAAAUUUUUUAUGGGUGAAGCAGAGACAUUGCCUGGACUUUGUCAGUCUCAAUUAUUUGGUGUUACAUCCAGUCUUUCUGUCCUGUCAACACUAGCUUCUUGGGCAUGGCAUCUGACGGAUGGUAGGCUAAAAUUAUGGUGGUCAAGAUGGGAUAUAAGAAGGGCACUAGAGUUGAGGUACUGAACAUAAAAGAGCUUCCAUCUGGCUCCUGGCGAAGUGCAGAGAUAAUAUCUGGCAAUGGCUGCAACUACAUGGUCCGGUAUUAUAAUUACAAGGGUGCCGCAGUAAAAAAUACUCUGGAGAGGGUAUCAAGUAAGGCCAUCAGGCCUUGCCCACCUUUGCUAGAUAUUUCCAGCAAUUGGGUUCCCGGUGAUGUUGUUGAGGUGUUCGAUAGUUUCUCUUGGAAAGUGGCUACAGUAUUAAGGGCUUUGGGAAAAAACUACUAUCUGGUUAGGUUGCUGGGAGCCUCUGAGCAGUUAAGAGUUACGAGUUCUGACAUUCGGGCAAGACAGUCUUGGCAACAUGGUACAUGGACUUUAAUCAGACAGGAUUCUGCAAUUUUCCGUGAAGGAAAAUGUAAGGAAAUGCCAUUGUUGAGGUGUGACAAGAAUCCUAACCUCCCAGGUAAAAAGGAACAUGCAACGCGGAAGCUGUCUCAGAAAAAUAAUCUAUCCACAGCUGAGAACGGCGAAAAUUGGCAGGAUUAUUGUGUCAAUAGACAUAUAUCUAUGAAAAGACCAUGGUUGAAUGGCUCAAUUGUACCAGAAGCAACUUCUGAAGCUUUCAGGAGUUGUAAAGUUAAUGAUAAAGAAGGAAGAUUCCCCAAUGUAACCGCUGCAAAGACACCUACACUAUUGAAGCAAGUUGAUGCGGCUGCCAUCCGAAGAGACACAUUGGAUCAGGAAACCUUAAAGCCUUCUUUCAGGAGAAGAAUAAAUGGAUUUACUGAAGUGGAUGCGAAGAGGAUUAAAUUGACCGAUGCAGAUGGUUGUGCUUUUGCAUCCCGUGCAGAAUCCAGUCACAACAAUAACGAAGAAUGCUCAGUCGGUAGUUGUAGCAUCAGUGGAAAUGAUAGUCACAUAUGUCCUCAUGACAUCUCUGCUUCUCCUGUUGAAUUUGUUAGCGCUUGUAUCGGUGAUGCUCAAUCCACUUGUCAUGGGGAACAUGAGGGAGGCAGUAAUCUCCCUUUGCCAAAAGAAAACUUGGAAGAUGAAAUACACAAGUUGGAGUUGCAAGCUUACCGUUGCACAAUGGAGGCAUUGCACGCAUCGGGACCUUUGAGUUGGGAGCAGGAAGCGCUGGUGACUAACCUUCGUAUUUCACUCCAUAUAUCAAAUGAUGAACAUUUGACGGAGUUGAAAAAAUUAGUUUCUACAGAUCAUAGCAUCUAGUUUAGUUGAAGAAAGCACAACAAUAUGGCUUCUUUCUUCAUUUAAACUUAGAUUCAUAGAUUGAUUCCUUUUCAUUUACCUUUGAGCAGUUGCUGGAAAACAGGAUCUGACGUUUUGCCUGAUUGCUUUCAGUUUUAUUUUGCAAACUCUAGUUUCAAAUGUUCAUACGAGGACUUCUUAACAUUAGACUUCAAAGAUAAGCUUUGUGCUUUGCAAUAUUCAUCAUCGGCUGUUCUUUCUAUUGCUUGGAAACUUAGUCAUAUGAAUACUGUAGUCUGUUGACCC